AUGAAUGUUGUUGGGAAAGUAGGUAGUUUAAUUUCGCAAGGUGUGUACUCAGUUGCAACCCCUUUUCAUCCUUUUGGAGGGGCUGUUGAUGUGAUUGUGGUUCAACAGCAAGAUGGGACAUUUCGAAGUACCCCAUGGUAUGUUCGAUUUGGUAAAUUUCAGGGCGUUCUUAAGGGAGCUGAGAAGAUUGUCCGCAUAAAUGUCAAUGGCGUUGAAGCAAAUUUUCACAUGUAUCUUGAUAAUUCCGGUGAAGCUUAUUUCAUAAAAGAGGUUGAGCCUGGUAAAGGAAGUGAGGCAGAUGGGGUGAUACAGGAUUCUGAUAGCAUGGCACUGUCAAAUGAAGAUGUGAGUGUUGGUUUUAGUGAUGUUGUUGAUAAUAAUGCUGUUGGAAUUUCUAGGCUUGAGCAUAGUGUUUCUGACUCUAGGGUGAUUCAGUUGCAAGAGGAAGAUGAUUCGUCAAGUGCAGCCCGACUUCAAAGGGCGGAAUCUGAUGCUGACCGGAGGUAUUAUGAUUUUCAAGACGAGCAACCCUCUUUGGAUGAUUCAGUCGAGUUAUCAGAGUAUGGUUCUAAUAGAUAUGAUGGUUUAGAUGGCGAGCAUCCUGCAGUUUCACAAGUUUCAGAUUCAGAAGUGAUCUUGGUGAGUGUGGAUGGUCAUGUUCUGACAGCCCCUGUAUUGGAAUCAGAACAGGAUACUGAGAAUGUGCAAUUAUGCACCCCUCAGUUCCAUCUAGGCCCAGGCGAUGACACUGAGGAGUUUAAUUCAGGUGAUGAUGCAUGGGCUGCUAAUUACAUUAGUAAGCUGAAUGCAUCUGCAUCAAACGUUGCAUCUGAUAAUGCUUACAUUGUAAGUAAUGAUGAUAAUAUUUGCCAACUGGAAGUUUGUGAAGGUCAUGAGGAACAUUUAUGUCAAGAUCAAGAAAUUCAGGACAUUUCUAGAUCAGAAGGAGAUCUUCGGGUGCAAAGUGAUUCAGAUACAUCUGUUAGGAUAAAUAGGGAAGAAAUUUUCAAAAGCUGCUUGGCGUUACCGGAAUUGGCUGAACAGGUUGGAAUUGCUGAUGCCGAGGAAAUGGAUUCUUCACUUGAGAUGCAAAAAGAUUCACAUGAGGAGUCUCAUCAUAGCCCUCCAGCAGCUGAUCAAACCACCAAUGGGGAUCUUGUUGAAUUCACAGAUAAUGGAUGUAAUUCUGUUUCUGGUGGACUUCAUGAGUCAACUACUUUGCCGGUAGGAUUUGAUGCAACAGAGAAAAAUCAUUUGAAGACAGAGCAUAUAGGUGCUGACAGCACAUGUGUUUCUGUUAGCAAUGGUAACCUUUCAGGUGAGAAGGGUGAAGAGUCUCAUCACAUAUCCACAGUGUGUGAAGGGUUGGAUAGACCUGUUCCGGAAGAUGAGUCCAGUAAAAGCAAGACUGUGGAACCGCAAAGAGCAGUCUCCAUUGAAGAGAUGCAGACUUGUUCAAUCACUGGGUUUGAGAUCUCCCUCUGUGGGAAGGAACUCCAUGCAGGUAUGGGCUUGGAUGCUGCUGCUGUAGUGUUUGUAGCACAUCGAGUGUCUGCUGAGGAAUUUAAAAAUUCUGCAACAUCAAUUAUCAAGAAUGAAAACUUAAUAGUCAGAUAUGGAGAGAAGUACUUCACGUGGGAAAAGGCUGCUCCUAUUGUGCUUGGAAUUGCUGCAUUUGGUUUAGAUUUACCUGCUGAGCCCAAAGAUGCAAUUCCUGUGGAACUGGAUGAUACAAUUGAGCAAAGGGAUGAUAAUGCUGGGGUUACCUCAGCAUCAUCUAGCCGCAGAUGGAGGCUUUGGCCUAUUCCAUUUAGAAGGGUCAAGACAAGCAGUAAUGCAUCCAGUGAAGAAUUAUUUGUUGAUUCUGAAUCUGGAGUGCAAAACUCAAAUGUUGAAUCAACUUCAGCAUCCCGUGGUGGUUCUGAGUCUCCUCACAAGCAGUUUGUAAGGACAAAUGUUCCAACUAGUGAGCAGAUAGCAUCGUUGAAUCUGAAAGAUGGUCAAAAUAUGAUAACAUUCAGUUUCUCUACAAGGGUUCUGGGUACACAACAGGUCGAUUGUCAUAUCUACUUGUGGAAGUGGAACACAAGAAUUGUAAUUUCAGAUGUGGAUGGAACAAUUACCAAGUCUGAUGUUUUGGGUCAGUUCAUGCCCUUGGUUGGAAAGGAUUGGACACAAUCUGGAGUAGCUAAACUUUUUUGUGCCAUUAAGGAGAAUGGAUAUCAGCUAUUGUUUUUGAGUGCACGAGCAAUUGUUCAGGCAUAUCUAACCAGAAGCUUUCUUUUCAACCUAAAGCAGGAUGGAAAAACGUUACCAAAUGGACCUGUUGUUAUUUCACCUGAUGGAUUGUUUCCCUCAUUAUACCGUGAAGUCAUAAGAAGAGCUCCUCACGAGUUCAAGAUUGCAUGCUUAGAGGAUAUUCAAAGACUAUUUCCUUCUGAUUACAAUCCAUUCUAUGCGGGCUUUGGAAAUAGAGAUACCGAUGAGCUUAGUUACAGGAAAAUUGGAAUCCCGAAGGGAAAAAUAUUUAUUAUAAACCCAAAGGGUGAGGUGGCCAUUAGUCAUCGCAUUGAUGUGAAAUCCUACACAUCUUUGCACACGCUGGUCAAUGAUAUGUUCCCUCCUACGUCGUUAUCAGAGCAGGAAGAUUACAACUCAUGGAACUUUUGGAAGUUGCCAUUGCCAGAGAUCGAGUUUUACACUGGUGUACGAUUUCUGUCGCCCCAUUUUGUGGCUUUUGAGUUGCAGUCAGAAAUGCUUAUGGCUUCUGGCGUUACUUGGGGGACAAGGAAUUUGCAAAGUUUUAGACUAACUGUAAAAAGAUUAGAGGAAGUAUCUGUGUCAUGUAGAGGUGAAGAGAGAGUACAGUUGUUGAGAAGGUGGCUUGUUGCUCUUAAAGAAACUGAGAGAGAAAGGUUGUUUUCUUCAGGGAAUUUCAACAACAGCAAGUCUAUUGAGUACGAAAAUGCUGUCCUCUCUGAUGAUUCCUUCAAGGAUUCUCCUAAAAAACCUACUGUUGUUUAUUAUGUGGACCCUGAUCUCGGGACAAUGAAUUUUCGUCAUGUUUUUCUUUAUAGUCAAGCUCUUGAAGGGAUUAUAUUGUCCAUGAUUCUUGAAGCACCAAAUGAGGAAGAAGUUUCAUUGCUUUUGGAGAUAUUCGGGCUGUGUCUUGCAGGAGGGAGGGAGGUUCAAAAGGCAGUGAUGAACAGCAUACAGGAUUUGGCAACAGCAUUCUCCAGCUACGAGGAUGAAGUUUUGGUAAAACGAGAGGAACUGCUCCAAUAUGCUCAAGGUGCAAUUUCAGGGCUGAAAAUAAAUGCUGAUAUUACAAGAAUAGAUGAUGAGGCCCACAGCCUAACGGAGAAACUUGAGAAAUUGAGGGUUUUCAGUCAGCCUUCUGAGGAAGCUAGUGAAAAAUCCUCUGAAGAAACAACUGUUUUCACAAUGGAGGCUCUAGAAGAAAUACUUGGACAAAUUCAACUAUGUUCCUCGUUGGAGGCACUAUUACUAAAAAAGAAAUCUUUGAGAAAUGGGGAUUCUUCAGAAUUGCAUGCUGAGAAGGCGGUGUGGAAGGAGGAUUUCACUAUCUUGUAUGAACUAGGCCUUUUUUUGAGGGGAAUGCACAACAGAUGUCACUCUGCUGAGUUGGGUGUCUUGGGUCCCAAAUUUAUAGAAAGUGUUCCUCACAACAGUGAUCACAAGAGGAAAUCUCAGAAAGAAGAUGCGCUCAACUUUCGUGUGGCUAAAGGCGCUGAAAUUGGUCAGCUUGAGAAGGAAUUGGCAGUGGAGAUUAGAGAACUUGAAAAGAAAAAGGAUGAACUUGAAGCUGAAUUGAAAAAGGUCAAUACCUCAUUGAAUUCGGCUCGGGCACGUAUUCACAAUGCCAGGGAAGAGCGAGAAAAUUUUGAUGAAGCCAGCAACCAGAUUCUGAUACACCUGAAAGCCAAGGAAGAUGAGUUAGCAAAGUCGAUUGCGUCAUGUCGGGCAGAAGCAGAUGUUGUUAAUUCAUGGAUUAAUUUUCUGGAUGCUACAUGGGUUCUUCAGACUACAGACAUGGAGCAGAAGGAGAAGCAGGUCAACAUAAGUGCCGUGGAGGCUAUGAAAAAGCAGUCCAAUACCAACUAUGAAGGUGUUUACAGGAAAAGCGAUGAAAGGGUCAAAGAGCUAUUUAAUGCUAUUGAAAAAAUAAAAGAGGAAUUUCAAUCCAUCCAGAGACCAGUUUUGGAAGUUGAGAAUCCGACACAACAAUCACACUCACAUUCCAGUGAUAGCCCCCGCGAUGACCCAUCCUCCUCUUCCAAACAUACCUUUGAGACUCCAGAAAACAAAGAAGACAGCGAAAAUGGAUCACCCCCUAUUAAUAGAGGAAAUGCACCAGUCACACAGGCAGACCCGGAAAAGCUACGGUCAGAACUUGGGAAGGAUGAGGAAGGAUGCACAACAGAGGACAUUGGAGAGUGA